GUUCAUAAUAAAAAUGAUGUCUGUGAAGAUACAUAAUUUGAUUAAUUUAACGUCGUAGGCUAAUUUACAUUUCUUUUUAGCUUCGUAAUGAGUGAUAAUAGUUCAUUUAUAUAUUAGAAUACUUGUUAUAUGAUUUAGUGCAAUACUAAUACCAUGUAUUUUACUUCUAAGAGUUAUGUUGAUGUAUUUUAAAUGAAGGUUACAAAACUAGUCUGUGAUGCCUGGCUUGUCAGCUGCCUUGUAAAUAGAAGUUGAUUAUUUUGUUAAAUCUUAAUUUUUGCGUUCGUCAAGAAUUAAACUAAAACUGUUAUAAAAUUUGCAUUCUACAUGCAGAAGUCUCUUAAUUUAAAAUACUUUACAAUAACAUAAACAAGUUUAUUUUGAAGAUGUUUGAGAAAGACACUAAAAAGGCAAAUGCGUUUUAAAUUAUUAAAGUGGCCUAAUAUGCAUUGUGUACUGAUAAAGGAUUAACGUAUACUCUUUUCCUAAUAAAACAUAGAAGUAAAAAUUAAACGAGAAAAAACAAAAGUGUGUUGAGUGUAAGGUAUAAGUUGUAAUUAUUUACACCCUCUAAUUGAGGUUAUUACCACUACAACCCAAGACAUUUUUGCCAGCAAUUUAUACUUGUCACCAUGAAUUCAUCAGAGGCUGGUGACAGUGAGUCAGAUAGGAACUACAGUGAUGAUGAGGAUGGAGAGAUCAGUUACAACGACUACUACAACAUGAGCUACUAUAAUGGAGAAUACUGUGAUAUAGAACAAGUGGACAUGCGCAAGACAGACCCAGAAUACUUUGCUUACGACUGCUUGAGUGUUGAGGAAGUGGAACGGCUCCUUAAUGAGUCUGUUGAAGUAUUGAGUAACAGCCUUCAGAUAACUCCUUCUCUAGCAAAGGUGCUUCUGCACACUCACGAGUGGGCCAUCACCCCCAUCAUCAAUGAGUACAGGAACGAUGCGUCUCGGCUGCUGAUCUCAUCAAAGAUAAAGUCACCAGUACAGCCAGAACCACUAACCAGCCAUAGUGCGCGCAUCACUUGUCCGGUCUGCAUCACUUCCAACUUUCCAGACAAGUUCCGCAGCCUUGCGUGUGGCCAUCUCUUUUGUUGCCAGUGCUGGGUCAUGCAUUUUGAGGUCCAGAUUUCCCAAGGUUAUUCAACAGGUAUCGCAUGCAUGGCUCAAGACUGCGAGGUAUUAGCAACAGAAGACUUCAUGCUCACACUCUUAACCAAGCCCCAGUUGAGGGAAAAGUUCCAGCAGUUCACGUUCAGGGAUUACGUCAAGUCGCACCCUCAGCUGCGGUUCUGUCCCGGGUUGAACUGCCAGGUGGUGCUGCGCAGCAAGGAACCUCAGGCCAAGAGAGCCAUUUGCUCAUUUUGCAAGACUAUCUUUUGUUUCAAGUGCGGCACUGACUAUCACGCACCCACGGACUGCAGUACUAUCAAGAAAUGGCUCACAAAAUGUGCUGAUGACAGUGAAACUGCUAAUUACAUCAGUGCACACACCAAGGAUUGCCCUCGUUGUCAUAUCUGCAUCGAGAAGAACGGCGGUUGCAACCACAUGCAGUGCUACAACUGCAAGCACGACUUUUGCUGGAUGUGUCUGGGCGACUGGAAGUCUCAUGGCUCGGAGUACUACGAGUGUUCUCGAUACAAAGAGAAUCCCAACAUUGCCAACGAGUCCAUACACGCCCAAGCAAGAGAAGCUUUGAAGAAGUACCUCCACUACUAUGAGAGGUGGGAGAACCAUUCUAAAAGCUUGAAACUAGAGGAGCAGACCCUGGAGAAGAUCAAGAGUCGUAUCAACCUGAAAGUGAUGACUGCGUCUGGUACGUGGAUAGACUGGCAGUAUCUGAUGGAUGCGGCUACACUGCUGGCGAAGUGUCGUUACACUCUUCAGUACACCUAUCCUUACGCGUACUACAUGGAGCCUGGCCCUCGCAAGGAAUUGUUUGAGUACCAGCAAGCUCAGCUGGAGGCAGAAAUAGAAAAUCUGUCUUGGAAAAUCGAAAGGGCAGAGUCUACUGACAGAGGUGACCUGGAGAACCAGAUCGACAUUGCAGAAAAACGGCGAACAACUCUGUUGAAGGAUUUCCUAGAGUUGAAGACAGACGUUGACGCAUGUCUUCGUCGUUGAAGACAGACGCACUGGUAUUCCAACAUUUUUACAAAUUUGCUAAUUUGUAUUAUUUAACCUAAGAGUCAGGGGUUUAAAACUCAAGAUUGGAAUAGUAACUGGACUUACUUAUUGAAAUUGGUUGACUAUAGUCAAAAUAUAAUUAUGAGUUCCAUUUUAUAAUUUAAAUUGGUUGACUAUAGCCAAAAUAUAAUUUUCCAUUUUAUAAUUUCAAUUUCAAUUAUAUUUAUUUUUUUUGGGGGAGGGGUUUUUGGAGAGAAUUAUAUUUAUUUAUUAAGAAUCCAGAAGCACUAAAGCUUCAUGCCCAACCAAAUAGUACUACAGACCAUUAGAUUUUACUCAUUACAACUUACUCAUUACUCUGUUACCUUCAUAUAUGGCAAACACGUUUUGCUUCUGUAAUAAUGUAUAUUCUAUAAUUUCUGCUGUAAUAAUAAUGUUAUAUUUAUAUAUA